AUGUCCGGAACCAAUGUUAAAAUAGAGCCAGCAACCAAAACAGUAUUUGAAAAUCUAAAAUUAGUAGGAUCAGUUAAAAGAAAACAGAAAACUAAAAUCGAAAAAGAUCAAUAUAAUGGACUUAUAAGUGACGCUGUUUACAAUAUAUUUGGAAUAAACAAGGACAAUGCAACUUAUGGGCAGACGCAGUAUACACCUGAGUGGCGAGAUGCAGCAAUUAAAAAGCGCCUAGACACCAAUCCCGGGACCACACAGCCUCAAGUGUUGAAGGAACUUCAUCAUAUUAUGGAACUCAUGCUUACUGAAAAAGGUCUACUGAGUAAAGAUUCCUUUGACUUUGCUACUAAGGAAGAAGUCAUGGUAUAUGUUAACAACUCAGGAGCUACAGGCCUGUUCGAUAGAGGCCAUAACCAUAAGGAGUUCUUGGAAAAGUUUCCCAACUGGUACGAGUUGGCAUUCAAAUUGAGAAUAGAUCCCUGGAGGAGAGGGGAACAAACAGGAUCAUAUAACACGGUAAGGUAUAAACCCGAGUCUAAGCAGAAGAAAGUUGUAACUGAAGGUAAGCUAGACUACGAACCCGGAACAAGAAGAGCGCAGAUUGCUGAAGGCAACAACUUGACGCCCAGAUUCAUAACUUUUUUCGAUUCACUUACUAGAUUAGCGCAUUAUAUCGUAAUAGGUAAAUUUUUAGCAACAGCUGGGCAGGAAAAAAUGUACAAAGGCAGUAUCAACGGUUUACCACCACAAAAAGUAGGAAGCUUUAUGAAAGGUGUUUACGACCUACACCAAAAACCAGAAAACCGUAGCAUCACCCCGGAAAAUGAGUCAUCAAAUACUGUCGAUUUUGACAAUGAUUAUAUAUUUACACAGGGAAAAGCCCAAGACGCUGAAAUGGAUGAUGAAAUCACAACAACAAUCUCAGAAACUAACUCACCACCUCUCUCAAUAAUACGGGCCUCCACUUUAGGAGAAGCUUCUCUCACACAUGACGAAAUCGCCAUGAUUACAAUGGAUGCAGUCUUUGAGAAUCCUGUUCAUGAGAUAUCGAAUCAGGACAUUCAAGACUAUGACACUACAGCU